UACUUCCGAUUUCCGCAUGAUGUGUCGAUAAAACAAAUAACUUCAUUCUAGGCGACGUGAAUGAGAUAUAGCUUGGAUAUCAUUCCAUACAGUCCAGUUCAAGCCUAAUCUGACAAAAUGGAUUAUUCUGGAAAAGAAAAGGAAGCCUUGGCCAUUAUGGCUGAGGCAGACAAGAAAAUGAAAACGUCGCAUUCGCUGUUAGGAACGUUUUUCGGGAGUUCCUCCAAGGUCGAGGAGGCCUGUGACUUGUACGUGAGAGCAGCCAACAUGUUCAAGAUGGCUAAGAACUGGAGUGCCGCUGGAGAUGCCUUCUGCAAAGCCGCACAACUCCAUUUGCAGGUGGAAAGCAAGCACGACGCAGCCGUUAACUUUCUUGAUGCUGGAAAUGCAUUCAAAAAGUCUGAUCCUCAAGAGGCUGUAAACUGUUUCUGUCAGGCCAUUGACAUCUACACUGAUAUGGGGCGUUUCAACAUUGCAGCCAAACACCACAUAUCUAUUGCAGAAAUCUAUGAAUCUGAGUUAUUGGACAUAGACAAAGCCAUUGUUCAUUAUGAACAGGCAGCCGAUUAUUUCAAAGGGGAGUCAUCCACCAGUGCAGCCAACAAGUGUCUUGUCAAAGUGGCGACCUAUGCGGCUCAGAUGGAGCAGUACCCGAAAGCCAUUGAAAUAUAUGAGCAGAUUGGGAUUUACUCCAUGGACACUACCCUGUUGAAGUAUGGUGCUAAAGACCAUUUCUUCAAAGCAGCGCUGUGUCACUUCUGUGUGGACAUGCUCAACUGCAAGCUGGCUGUACAGAAGUAUGAAGAACUCUUUCCAGCUUUCUCAGAUGCUAGAGAGUGCAGACUUCUUAAGAAACUUCUUGAUGCAUAUGAAGAGCAGAAUAUUGACGCAUACGUUGAUGCAGUAAGGGAAUUUGAAUCCAUCUCCAGGCUUGAUCAGUGGCAGACCACUAUGCUACUAAGAAUCAAGAAGACCAUUCAGGACGAUGAGAAUGACCUUCGCUAAUGUGAAGUCAUG